AUGAAGAAAGAGAAUUGGACCUGUUUGACCGAAAUUGUCCUGUUAGGCUUCUCAGAUUUUCAGUCCAUGCGAGAACUUCUGUUUUGCCUGGUUCUAAUGUUCUACCUCAUGGCUUUGAUGGGCAACAGUCUGAUUUUGAUUCUCACCAUUUUCAGUCCUACCCUUCACACCCCAAUGUACUUCUUCCUCUGCAACUUGUCCUUUGUGGAAAUUGGCUACACCUCCACCAUCAGCCCAAAGAUGCUAGUUAACUUAUUAUCAGACAACCAGAACAUAUACUUUUGGGGCUGUGGGUGUCAAAUGUGUUUCUUCAUUCUCUUUGGUAUUACCGAGUGUUGUCUUCUUUGUGCUAUGGCAUAUGAUCGCUAUGUUGCCAUUUGCAAACCCUUGCAAUACCCAUAUAUCAUGAAUCUCAGGGAAUGUGCUAUGCUUGCUGCUGUAUCAUGGGCCAUUGGUGUUUUUGUGGGUCUGGGGCAAUCUAUUUCAAUCUUCACCCUUCCCUUCUGUGGGUCAAAUAGAAUCAGCCAUUUUUUCUGUGACCUUAUGCCUAUUCUGAAACUGGCGUCCACCAAUACUUACAAAAAUGAAGUGGCCAUUGCCACAAUAACAGUUCUAUUUAUUCUGGUGCCUCUUUUGCUCAUCCUUUUUUCCUACAUCCUCAUCAUUUCCACUAUUCUCACAAUGCCGUUGGCCAAGAACAGGCGGAAAACAUUUUCAACUUGUUCCUCACAUCUCGCUGUGGUCUGCAUUUUCUAUGGAACCUGCAUUGUUACCUACAUUCGACCCAGCUCAGAAUAUUCCACGGACAGUAGCAGGUUCCUUGCCCUGCUCUACACAGUAGUGACCCCAAGUUUAAACCCCAUCAUUUACAGCUUGAGGAAUAAAGAGAUAAAAUCUGCUUUCAUGAAAUCUAUAGCAAGGACACAGAUCUUAAUACGGUAA